GAACCCAGAUUGCGCCACUGCACUCCAGGCUGGGCUACAGAGUGAGACUCCGUCUUAAAAAAAAAGAAAAAAGAAAAUGGUAACAUACAGCCCUUGCUCUCAGGUACCCUACAGUUGAAUGGAGAUUAAUUAUGUUUAAAGAAGUGACAUCUGUUAUUUAUCCUUGCUUGCCUAAGACCUUGAAGCAAAGUACUAAGUAGAUCAAGAUCAUGAGCGAUUUCUGGAAGAACAGCUCCCUAUUAAAGACUCGGCCUAACCCAGCUUAUUAUGUAGAAAAAGUGUGUCAUUUGCAAGUGAGAUAGCUGCCUCAGUGCAAAUUGACCCAAAACCCUCACUUGGGAAAAAAUCCAGAGAGAAAUCCUUACUCAGUAGUGCCAUAGUAGUUUUAUUUUGAGAACCUUUAUUACCUGUAACACUGCAAGUUCCAAAAAGUAUUUCUUUUAGUAUUUAUAAUAUUUCUUUAUUCACAUAAACAAAAAUUUUAAAUUUUGACUCUGGUAACUCUAUAUCCUAAGCAAAGAACUUCCCAGGUAGAGUGGUUAUGUGUAUGUAUAUAUUUUAAUAAUUUGUUUUGAAAUGAUCUCAAAUGUAUAGAAAAGUUGCCCAAAUCGUGUAAGGAAGUCCCAUGUCCCCUGCACUCAGAUUCCCAAAUAGUUAACACCUUAUUGCACUUGUUUCAUUGCUCACUGUGUGUGUAUGCGUACAUGUGUGCAUGCAUGUGCAUAUGUGUGUGUACAUGUGUAUGUAUCCCUUGUUAGUCUUUUUCUGGACCUUUUGAGAGUCAAGAGAGCAAAUUGUAGAGAUAGUUUCUCAUCACUCCUGAAUACACCAGUGUUUAUUUUCCCCUAAACAGGGACACUCUCCUACCUAACAACAAACAAACUUCCUCAUCAGAGAAUCAAUAUUGGUACAACAUACCAUCCACUUCAGACGAGAUCGGGCAUGUUCGCGGUGGUAUGUGAUUCACAGAGCUAAUUCACAUUUUGCCAACUGUCCUAACAAUGUUGUUUUCCUUUCUGGUCCAGAAUGCUAUACAGAGAUACAUAUUGCAUUUAGUUGUCAUAUAACCUCAGUCAGAGACAGUUCCCAGUCUUUCCUGUCCUUGGAUGGUCUACAACCUGAGUUCCUUUGAUGGUAGGAAAACCAAAAGGGAUACUUUGUGGAAUUUAGUGUGUUUCACCAGGAGGCUCACAAUGUAGACUCCUCCCAACACUGAUGAUGUUAACCAUGAUCACCUGAUCAUGUUGGUUGCUUCCAUUCACUGUUUUCCCCUCUGAAAUCAAGUAGUAUUCCAUGGGAGAAGCAUUCCAAAAUCACCCCAGUAUUCUAUGCCUCACAGAACAUCUACCCACCAGCCUUGGCGUCCAUUGAACACUCCUGCCUGAGUCAUCCUCCUCAGUAGUUGUCAAAUGGUAGUUCUCUAUUUCCAUCCUUCUUGCUACACUUCUGUGUUGGCACCGUACUUCGAAGGAGUUUUCCUGUUUCUCUAUAUCAACACGGACUUGCAUAUUCAAUGGAUUGUAAUCCGUUAUGGUCGUUGUUUACUUCAUGCUCAAAUUGUCCCUCAUUUGGCCCAAGGGAGUCCCUUCAAGCUGGCUCUUAAUACUGCAACAAUUUAAAGUAUACAUACUGCUAAAAUUCAUCUGCGUUGUGCAGUUCAUUAACUUUGACUGCCUGUAAUACGCCUCUUUGUGAAUAUGCCACAGUUUAUUGGUCCACUUAUCCACUAUUUCGUCGACGGGCACUUGGGUUGUUUCCAGGUUGUUGCUAUUUUGUUUUGCUAUUUUAGCUCUUUAAUGUUAAAUUUUGAAUAUUAAAAGUUUGUAUUAACAUCAUAAACUUCAGGUCUGUUUAUUGUACAAAUACUGAGCACCUAGAAGCAGGGUCAUUUUGCACUCUCAUCAACAGUGCGUGACAGGCUCAUUUUUAAAAUAUUGCAUAUUUCACGCAGAAAUAUUUAAAUGAUGUUUUCAAAUCAGUUUAAUAAAGGCCUUUUUCUUUAAACUUCCUUAUGCUUUUUUCCCUACUAUUAUGGAGAAAUAUUGAAAUAAAAGAGUCGAGAAAGCAAAAUGUAAAGAUGGAAACCUGUGCACUUAACCCAAACGCUUGCCAAGGUAAAGCAUCCGCGGAAACAGCAGGGACUCGAAAUGACGGGGCUACAGCCGGCGCUAGGGCGCAGGCGCAGAAGCUCAGGGUCGCGCUCCCUGCUCUCGUCCCCAGAGGGUUAUCGCGAGUCUUGAAAUAAACUUGCUGCGAUUGCCAAAAGUAAGUUCUCGCGAUAGGUAGUUGGUUGCUAUAGUUGUCAAAAACAUAACUGAGGCUGCUGCAGGUAAGACAGCGAUCCCUCCUGAAGAAACUCUCUCUUCCCGGCCUCCCCACCCCGGUCCUGCGGCCACACCACAGCCGUCACCCCGAUCUUCUGCUCCCUCAGCUAAGUCCAGGCUGAAAACCCCGUUAUUUAGACCGAAAAGCCGCUGGCCCGGCCAGGCGCGGACUCUGCCUCCAGCCCCAGCCCGGCGACCUCCACAGGAGCGCGGACAGACCAAAGAAAACCAGAGGGACUUUUCCCAGUUGGUGAUAUGGAGCAAGUGCCAUCAACAGGCAGACUCGUGCAGAUCACCGUGACAGAGGGAUAUGAUUUGAAAGGUUUUAAAGGAGAUACUCCAGUUACCUUUAUUCGGGCAGAAUUCAAUCAAGUGGUUCUGGGAGACUCUGCAAAAAUUACUGUUUCUCCAGAAGGAAGUGCAAAAUACAACUUCACUAGCAGUUUUGAGUUUAAUCCUGAAGGAGGAAUCACUUUAGAUGACCUCGCUCACAAACCUGUGUUCUUAACUGUGACUGAAGUUUUACCAAAGGAAAAGAAACAGAAAGAAGAGAAGACCUUAAUUCUUGGUCAGGCGGUGGUGGACCUUCUUCCCUUACUGGAAGGACAGAGUUCAUUUCAAACAGCAGUUCCAUUGCACCCUGUGCAAGGCUCACCCUUAGAAACUCCUAGAUCAAGUGCUAAGCAGUGCAGUCUUGAAGUUAAAGUAUUAGUGGCAGAGCCUUUACUGACCACAGCCCAGAUCUCAGGGGGCAAUCUACUGAAGGUCACGUUGGAGGCUGCUUACUCUGUGCCUGAAUCCUUCAUUCCAACAGGUCCUGGGCAGAACUACAUGGUCGGUCUGCAAGUUCCAUCACUUGGAGAGAAGGACUAUCCCAUUUUAUUUAAGAAUGGAACUCUGAAGCUUGGAGGGGAAAGAGAACCUGUUCCCCGGCCCAAAAAGUGGCCAAUUGCCAACAUUCUGGCUCCAGGAGCUAAUAACAUUCCUGAUGCAUUCAUUGUUGGUGGUCCCUAUGAAGAAGAAGAAGGAGAACUCAACCAUCCUGAGGACAGUGAAUUUAGGAAUCAAGCAGAGUGCAUAAAGAAAAGGAUUAUUUGGGACUUGGAAAGUCGCUGUUACCUUGAUCCUUCUGCAGUGGUCAGUUUUCAGAAGCGAAUUGCCGAUUGCCGGCUUUGGCCUGUAGAGAUCACAAGAGUUCCUCUGGUCACUGUACCCAAAGGGAAAGCUGGCAAAACUGAAAAGACUGAUGAAGAAGGUCAGCUUUCGUUUCAUGGUGUGGCUUAUGUUAAUAUGGUCCCAUUGUUGUAUCCAGGUGUGAAGAGAAUUCGGGGAGCUUUUCAUGUUUACCCUUACCUGGACAGUGUAGUCCAUGAAAAGACCAAAUGUUUACUGAGCUUGUUCCGGGAUAUUGGCCAUCACUUGAUUCAUAAUAAUAAGAUAGGAGGAAUUAAUUCUUUGCUGUCCAAGCAAGCUGUUUCUAAGAAUCUGAAAGAAGAUAAACCAGUGAAAGAAAAGGAUAUAGAUGGAAGGCCUAGGCCUGGGGAUGUGCAGGCACCUAGUAUAAAAUCUCAGAGCUCAGAUACUCCUUUGGAAGGUGAACCCCCUCUAAGUCACAAUCCUGAAGGACAGCAAUAUGUAGAAGCAGGGACAUACAUUGUGUUGGAAAUUCAGCUGGACAAAGCUUUGGUUCCAAAGCGAAUGCCAGAGGAGCUAGCCAGAAGGGUCAAGGAAAUGAUUCCUCCAAGGCCUCCUCUUACCCGUCGGACAGGAGGAGCUCAGAAGGCAGUGAGUGACUACCACACACAGAUCAAGAAUAUUUCUAGAGCCAUUCUAGAUGAGUACUACAGAAUGUUUGGAAAACAGGUGGCCAAACUGGAGAGUGAUAUGGAUAGUGAAACCUUGGAGGAGCAGAAGUGCCAGCUCAGCUAUGAACUUAAUUGCUCUGGAAAAUACUUUGCUUUCAAAGAACAACUCAAGCAUGCUGUGGUAAAGAUUGUGAGAGAGAAAUACUUGAAGACAACAUCAUUUGAAAGUCAGGAGGAACUGCAGACAUUUAUCAGUGAGCUCUAUGUGUUCUUAGUAGAUCAGAUGCAUGUAGCCCUAAACCAGACCAUGCCAGAUGAUGUCCAAGGCACUAUUGCAACCAUUUUUACAAGCAGUGAACAGCUUCGACUCUUUGCAUUUGAAGCAGAAGUCAAUGAGAACUUUGAGAUGGCAGCAGCUUAUUAUAAAGAGAGAUUGGUCCGUGAGCCCCAGAAUCUGGAUCACUGGUUGGACUAUGGUGCCUUCUGCCUCUUAACUGAAGACAACAUCAAAGCACAAGAGUGUUUUCGGAAAGCCCUUUCCCUCAACCAGAGUCAUAUCCACAGCUUGUUGCUGUGUGGUGUCCUGGCUGUCCUGUUGGAGAACUAUGAGCAAGCAGAAAUUUUCUUUGAGGAUGCUACUUGCUUGGAACCAACUAAUGUUGUAGCCUGGACUUUACUUGGUUUGUACUAUGAAAUUCAAAACAAUGAUAUUCGAAUGGAAAUGGCAUUUCAUGAGGCCUCCAAACAGCUUCAGGCACAGAUGCUUCAGGCACAAGUAACAAAGCAAAAGAGCACUGGUGUUGUAGAAGACAUUGAGGAAAGAGGGAAGAGAGAAUCUAGUUUAGGCCCUUGGGGAAUCACAAAUGGUUCUGCAACAGCAAUCAAGGUGGAAGCCCCAGCAGGACCAGGAGCUGCAUUAUCUAUUCUAGACAAAUUUCUUGAAGAAUCCUCCAAACUGCAGUCUGAUUCACAAGAACCCAUUUUGACUACACAAACUUGGAAUCCAAGUAUAAACCAAAAACCAUCUAACACAUUUAUCAAGGAGAUACCAACAAAGAAAGAAGCAUCAAAAUGUCAAGAUUCAUCAGCUUUUCUGCAUCCCGGCCUUCAUUAUGGUGUUUCUCAAACUACCACCAUCUUCAUGGAGACCAUACGUUUCUUGAUGAAAGUCAAGGCUGUGCAGUAUGUGCACAGAGUGCUUGCACAUGAGCUGUUAUGCCCUCAAGGAGGCCCCAGCUGUGAAUAUUACUUGGUGCUGGCCCAGACACACAUUCUUAAGAAGGACUUUGCCAAGGCAGAGGAAUACCUUCAACAAGCAGCCCAGAUGGACUACCUGAACCCCAAUGUCUGGGGCCUGAAGGGCCAUCUCUAUUUUCUGAGUGGAAAUCAUUCUGAGGCCAAAGCAUGCUAUGAACGAACCAUUAGCUUUGUAGUGGAUGCUUCUGAGAUGCACUUCAUCUUCCUGCGGCUGGGGCUCAUCUAUCUGGAAGAGAAAGAGUAUGAAAAGGCAAAGAAAACCUACAUGCAAGCCUGUAAGAGAUCACCUUCAUGCCUUACCUGGCUAGGACUGGGAAUCGCCUGCUAUCGGCUGGAGGAGCUCACAGAGGCUGAGGAUGCUCUCUCUGAAGCCAAUGCACUGAACAAUUACAAUGCUGAAGUAUGGGCAUAUCUGGCUCUGGUCUGCCUGAAAGUUGGGCGGCAAUUAGAAGCUGAGCAGGCCUACAAGUACAUGAUUAAGCUGAAAUUGAAAGAUGAGGCUCUGCUUGCAGAGAUCCACACACUACAGGAAACAGUUGGCUUUGGAAAUCCAUCUUUCUGAUACCCCUCCAGCUGAACAAUUUUCCGUAUGAGACUCUGAGUUCCUUUCCUUCCCAGAGAGUUUCACCAUAUGAAGUCUGGAGCUGGAGAACGAAAAAAUCUUCACCAUAAACAGAGACCCAUUCAUUUAUUUCCAUUGGCUGUUGUUACUGGAUGUUUUACUGGUUGACAAGAAACUGGGUCACAAUAAAAAAUGAAGAUAUGAAACUCAAAA